CUGGGGUAAGGGGAAUAACUCGUACACAUACACUUGGUGUCAUUGAUGCGUUUUAUUACGGCCCUUAAUUUCAAGCAUCUGUGUACACAGAUCGUUUACCUUGGAUACUGUGACAGACGCUGAUUAACAACAAUGAGAGGUUUGUUCCAAUCGAAAAUAAAAUCUAAACGCUCGAACUUUUUUAAAAAUUUAAACAGGUCUAUAAACUUACAAAACACUAAUGACCAUACUUAUGUAAAACAUAAUUACAUCGAUAUCGGGGCUGAAGUGGAAGUGGAGGAUGAAAUCGAAGGAAUGGUGAUAGACAAUGAUUGGCAAGUUGGCAGACGCAUCGUAGAAUUGGGUGUCCUGGCGGAAAAGAUGUACUGUUGUAGGUGCAAUGUUCCUUUGCACCUGCAUGAUACCAUCCAUGAAAGAACAACAGGAUUUGGCAGUUAUCUCCACAUAAUGUGCACCAACCAAGAAUGCCGAACAGUGACAGAUGUGCCAACUGGAAAAGUCGGUCCAACUGGUUCAUUCAAUAUCACUGCCAAGAUAGUUAUAGGAAUGAUACAUGCUGGCCUAGGAUAUGCACAAGUAAGAAACUUUCUGACAGAGUGUAACUUGCCAGUGAUGAGUAAAUCUUGCUUCCAAAAACAUGAGAAGAAAAUUGGAAAAAUCUUUGUGUCUGCUGCUGAAGAAUCAUGUAAGAAUGCCCAACAACUGGAAAAGGAAAUUUCUGCAGAUAAGGAGUUGGAGCUUGAGGUCAGUUUUGAUGCAGGUUGGCAGAAACGGGGAUCCGGAUUUAAUUACAAUAGCUUAACAGGACAUGCUUCAAUGAUAGGAAAGCAAACAGGGAAAGUGACCUGUUAUGAUAUCAGAAGUAAAAGUUGUAAAUUUUGUGAGCAUCAUGAGGGAAAGAAAGACACAGUUCCAAGUCAUGACUGCUGUAGAAAUUGGUAUGGGUCUAGCAAGUCUAUGGAACCAGAUAUGGCUGUUUCCAUGGCACAUAAGAUGAAUGAUAAUGAAUGCCCGAUUGAUGUAAUUCAUGCUGACAAUGAUUCUACUACCAUGUUAAAACUGAAACUGGACUUUGAAAAUUUGAAGAAAAAGGACGACCAAAAUCACACUACAAAGGGAAUAACAAAAUCACUGAUUGAAUUGUCUAAAAGGCACAAGGAGCUGAAGCCAGGAGAGGUUAUUCCCUAUUUGAACCGAUGUUUCAUGUAUGCUAUAACACAGAACAGCAGUAGUGAACUUGAAAUUGAUGAGGGUCUUUCCAGAAUUGUUCCCCAUGUCUUUGGAGAUCAUGAAUUGUGUGGUGCAGUAGACUGGUGUACAUUUAAAGAUGAUCCUAUAUCUUUCAAAUAUAAAAGUCUUCCUAAUGGAAAGCCUCUGAUUAGUGAAGAUUUGAGGAGAGAUUUAGAGAAUCUUAUAGAGAAAUAUAAGAGCAAAGCAUCUUCGCUCAGAAAUUUAGGAUCCACACAGGCUAAUGAGAGCUUCAACCAUUCUGUAGCAACGAAAGCUCCAAAAUCCAAACACUAUGGUGGUUCACAAUCCCUGGCAAGUAGAGUGUCAUCAGCUGUGCUUCAAAAGAAUGAAGGUUACAAUUACUUAGAACAGAUGAAUGAAGCUGCACUUCUUUCACCUGGAGAAUAUACAAAAAGUAUUGCAAAGAAACUUGAUUCAGAAAAACUCAAGAGAAAGAUUAAGAGGCAAAGUCGUGAGUUCAAGAAAAAAAGGACUGAACUAAAGAAAAAAAGGAAUAAGAAAGAAAGGCGACUAAAUAUUCAUGAACCGGUUUCAUAUCAAUCUGAAGUUGCAACAAUAGGUUUAUCAGAUACUGAGGCUAUUACUAUACCAUCGCCAUUGAAAUUGGACGGCACAGAAUCCUUCACAUUUUUUGAUCUUGAAACCACAGGUUUAAGUAGAGUAAGUGAUAUUACUCAGAUAGCAGCUAUACAUGAUAAGAAAUUAUAUCAAUCUUAUGUUUUACCUAGAUGCGAUAUUUCAUUUGAAGCCUCAAAAGUAACCGGAAUAACCUGCUGUCUGGCUAAAAAUAAAAUGUAUGUACACGGAAAAGAAGUGGAUACUAAAUCCCAAUAUGAAUCAUUAUUAGAUUUUAUUGAAUUUUUAAAAACAAUUCCAAAUCCAAUCCUUGUUGGACAUAACAUAUGUAAUUUUGACAUGGCAAUUUUGUCAAACAAAUUGAAGGAAUUCAAUUUAUUUUCUUCAUUUUGUAAUGUUACUUCUGGAUUUCUUGACACACUUAAAUUAGCAAAAAGGAUUUUCCCCCGAAAUGAAGUAGACAAUUACAAACAAUCAACUCUUAUUUUAAAGUAUGUUGGUAUGGAAUACAGUGCACACAAUGCCACAGAAGACGUACAGUCCCUUCAACAUUUAUUUCACCAAAAAAUGAAGAAUAAUUGUAAACAUAUCGAUCUACAUAGCAUUUACUAUUGCAGUUGCAAAUCUACUUAUGACAGUUUAGUGCAAAACAAAACUGUGAGCAGAGAUACUUGUAUGAGACUUGCAAAGAAUGGAAUAUCUUUAUCCCACUUACAGAUAGCUAACAGUAGAGAUGCAAACGGAAUUAAAUUAUUGUUUCAAGAGUUCAACAUUCCUACCAAAACUGCCUCUUUAUUUGUUUCUGCUUUUGCAACUGAACAGUAAAUUUCAAUAGUCAUGACGAAAGAAGUUUUUGUUACAGGAAUGCUGUUAUCAGAUUAAUAUGCACAGAAUGUUUGAACUUGUCAUAAUGUACACCAUCAGGUUUAUAAUGUAUCAAU